UUCCAUUUACCGACCCCGGCCGAAGGCUCCUACGCUUUUUAAACCAUCUGUCUCCCCCAGUCUUCCUUCACACUCCUUCCUUCUACGAAUCUUGUUUACUCCAGCUUUUGACAGCACGGCACCUCCCCAGCUUCCCCAGCAUUGAACGGCAAAACGAUCUCUUGAUCAACAAGACCGGCAACCACCAACACCCCGACCAUCCACGACCGCCUCUACCCGUGGCUUCUGGUCUGCCAAUUCGAAUAUCCCUCAUCUGCGCAGCAGGUGAAGAUCACAUGCAACGAUCACAGUCAGCCGUCGACGUUUCGCGGCUACUCAACCCCGACAACGUGGAGGAUACAAACAACAACGGCCAACAGGCUGCAUGUGAUAUGGCCACCGCCGCCGCUGUCCCCGUGAUCAAGCCCAACGGGCCCUUGCCUGGCGCACAGAACAGCGAAACCACUGGAGAGCUCCCCCGGCCCUACAAGUGCCCGCUUUGCGACAAGGCCUUCCACCGCUUGGAGCAUCAGACCAGGCACAUCCGCACACACACCGGAGAGAAGCCACAUGCGUGCCAGUUCCCAGGAUGCAGCAAAAAGUUCUCUCGCAGUGACGAGCUGACUCGGCACUCGAGGAUACACAACAACCCUAACUCGAGACGUGGGAACAAGGGGCAGCAGCAGGUGCAAGGGCAGCAGCAAGCGAUGGCGGCAAACAUGGGACACGAUGGCAUGAUGGCACCGCCGCCAGCCCCCAAAAAUAUCCGCUCAGCCCCCUCCUCAGCUCUGUCGUCCCCUAAUGUGUCCCCACCGCACUCGUACGCUGCGUUUGCUCUGCCGCAGCCCAACGUGCACCGCUCUGGCGACAUUGACAUGCUGGCCAAGGCCGCCCAGACGCUUCACCAGAGCCACGGGCCUGCCCACCACGCGCCUCCCAGGCAUCACCCCUACCAGUCUCACGCGCCGCGCGGUCUUUCCGCGUACUCCAUGUCGAGAUCGCACAGCAACGACGAGCAUCACGAUGAGCAUUACAACGGUGCUCUCCGCAACAUCAAGCGGUCAAGGCCCAACUCACCCAACUCCACGGCGCCCUCCUCACCCACAUUCUCUCACGACUCGCUCUCGCCGACUCCUGAUCACACACCUAUCGCUACACCCGCUCACUCUCCCCGUCUGCGACCGCUUGGUCACACGACGUACGAUCUGCCCGGUCUCAGGAGCCUCUCUCUGCAUCACACCACGCCUGCUCUGGCACCCAUGGAGCCUACCUUUGACUCCAACGCGCAGUUCCACGGUCCUCAUGGCCCGCCCCAUGGCAACCCUCCCAGGAGCAACGGCAUCUCUCUGACUGAUAUUCUAAGUCGGCCAGAUGGAAGCCAGAGGAAGCUACCUGUUCCUAAAGUGGCUGUGCACGACAUGAUGAACGACACUGGCUUCACCCACAGUGGACGGAGUUCUGCGACAGCCAGCCUGGCGGGAGGUGACUUGAUGGAUCGUCUGUGAAGAGCGGGCGAUGAGCUCCUGAAGCGAGGGCAAUGAGGCGACAUUGCGAGGCAGACGCUACGACUUUAAUGACAUACCACACACGCACACACCACACCAACAACGUUGGUCUAUAGACUAUGGGCAUAGAAGGGAGGCAAGGGAUAUUUGGCGUUUUGCAUGGCAUACAUCCAGCGCAGGAGCUCUGCAACGGGUCCAAGCUGGCUCGGGUUCUCGACUUUUUUUGUUAUUUUGUAUUAAGCGGCCAGGCGGCCUUAUAGAGAUUCACCACUUCACUGAAGAAGGUACAUGCUUUUAGCAGAUAAUCAAACCUAUCUAGUACCA